AUGUCGCUGUUGACUGCAGUUGUGAACAUCGCUUUGAAAUCAUUCCUUGAAAGCGUGCGAUUGCAAACAUUCUCCACCUUCGGACUGCAGCAAAUUCAGGUAGACUGCUGCUUCCUGCAGCAAAAUUUGUGGCGUUAUACGUCGGACGAACAGGUAGCGCUUUCGCUGAUUGAUGAGAUUGUUUCAUCAGCGGUGCGUCGUUGUGUUGAUCCGAAGCUUAUGGAACCAACAACGGUCAAAACUAUCUGCGGUCGCUGA